CACAGCCGGCCGGCCAUGGACGAGAGCAGCCCGCUGGUGUCCCCGCAGCGGGCCCCGGCCGCCGCCGCCUACGGGCUGCCCGCGGGGCCGGGCGGCGCGGUGCGCGCGCUGCUGCCCCCCCCGCCGCCGCCCGGGCCCCCCCCCGGCCCCCCCGGCGCCGCCGCGGCCGCGCCCUCCCCGCCCGGCUCCCCGCGCGCCCGCGACCGCGAGCGGCAGCCGCUGCUGGAGCGGGGCGCGGCGGGCGGCCGGGGCCCCGGGGCGGCGCAGGCGGCGGCCCAGGCGGCGGCGGCGCAGGCCCAGCGCGAGCGGAACGACUUCCCCGAGGACCCCGCCUUCGCCGAGGUGGUGCGGCUGGCGGAGGCGGCCAGCGAGCGCGGCGUCUUCCCGGAGCGCAUCUACCAGGGCUCCAGCGGCAGCUACUUCGUCAAGGACCCGCAGGGGAAAAUCAUCGGCGUCUUCAAGCCCAAGAACGAGGAGCCCUACGGGCAGCUGAACCCCAAGUGGACCAAGUGGCUGCAGCAGCUGUGCUGCCCUUGCUGCUUCGGGAGAGACUGCCUGGUCCUCAACCAGGGCUACCUGUCCGAGGCCGGCGCCAGCCUGGUGGACCAGAAACUGGAGCUCAACAUUGUUCCCCGCACAAAGGUGGUGUAUCUGGCCAGCGAGACUUUCAACUACAGUGCCAUUGACCGGGUGAAGUCCAGAGGGAAAAAGCUGGCCCUGGAGAAGGUGCCAAAAGUUGGGCAACGAUUCAACCGCAUCGGCCUGCCGCCAAAGGUGGGCUCCUUCCAGCUCUUCGUGGAAGGCUACAAGGACGCGGAUUACUGGCUGCGGCGCUUCGAGGCGGAGCCGCUCCCCGAGAACACCAACCGGCAGCUGCUGCUGCAGUUCGAGAGGCUGGUGGUCCUGGACUACAUCAUCAGGAACACAGAUCGAGGCAAUGACAACUGGCUGAUCAAGUAUGACUGCCCGCUGGACAGCACAAGUGUGCGGGACUCCGAGUGGGUGGUGGUGAAGGAGCCCAUCAUCAAACUGGCUGCCAUAGACAACGGCUUGGCCUUCCCCCUGAAGCACCCCGACUCCUGGAGAGCAUACCCCUUCUACUGGGCAUGGCUGCCCCAGGCCAAAGUCCCCUUCUCACAGGAGAUCAAAGACCUGAUCCUCCCAAAGGUUUCCGACCCCAACUUCGUCAAAGACCUGGAGGAGGAUUUGUACGAACUCUUCAAGAAGGACCCUGGCUUCGACCGGGGGCAGUUCCACAAGCAGAUUGCUGUCCUGAGGGGCCAGAUCCUGAACUUGACACAGGCCCUGAAGGACGGGAAGAGCCCCCUACACCUGGUGCAGAUGCCGCCGGUGAUCGUGGAGACGGCGCGUUCCCACCAGCGCAGUGCCAGCGAAUCCUACACACAGAGCUUCCAGAGCCGCAAGCCCUUCUUCUCCUGGUGGUAGCUGGGCGCUGGGCCCCCUGGGGCUGGCUGGAGCGGUGCUGGCCUGCUCCUGUCUGCUGCUGCGGACCCGUGGCCAGGACUCUACGCUCCGGGAGAGGGCAGGUGCGUCUGGGGGAACUUCCAGCUGAACUCUGCCCGGGCAGAGCCAUGGAUUCCCUGUGCUGCGGGGCUUGGACACAGCCUGGCAGAGCCCAGCUCCAGCUGCAAACUGCCCUACUCAGCAGGAGUCCUCAAUGCAGCUGCUGAGUGAGUGGAGCCGGGGCCUGCCUCCUGCGUGUGGUUCUGAGCCCAUCUGCUCCCUGCUGGGGCUGGGAUCUGCCCACCCCUCAGGAACCCUGGCUGCUCGCUGGCUGCAGGGGAAUAAAGGCAGCCAGUGUCAGCUGGAAGUGGCCCUGCUGGGCUGCCCCCCCUCCCCAGUGGCUGUUUGGAGCUGGUGUCCCUGGAGAGGAGGCAUGUGCAUGAGUGAGGGGCUGGCACAGGAGGCCCAGCAUGUGCCCAGGGCUGAGCUGGCAGGGGGCAGCAGGCCUGGGGGUGCCACGAACAGCUGCGCUAUGGAGUGUUUGUAGCUGCCCUUCCUGCAGAGGGGAGAGCAGGGGCUGGAGACUGUGGAUCCCAGGGAGCGCUGGGCACCUUGGCACAGGAGUGAUGCAUGCUGGGACCUGGCCCCACUUCAUAGGAAAGCUGAGGGCCCUGGCAUGGGAGCUGCUUGUCCCCCUUCCCCACUGGGCACAGGGUGAUCUAUCCUGGUUUAGCUGGCCUGCCAUUAUUCCACCCUCUCUCCUAUAUGAGGGGCCCAUGUUCCCCUCUGCUCCUGCCCUCAGGCUGCUGGGCAGGCCCCCUGUCCAGGGGCACUCGCCCUCUCUGCUCCGCAGGCCCUGGCUGCAUAUGGGGGCAGCCUGGCUUCACUUCUCAAGGGAGCCAUGCCAGCCCUUCCCAGCCAGGGGAGAGUCCAGCCUGGCAUGGGGGGCUGGUGCCUGCUAGGUGAGCUAUGGCUGCUGGAAGGGGUCUGGCUCCAUGCAUCUGUACGGCUCCCUCUUCCCCACCCUGUUGCUGCUCCUGCGGCCAGGCGGCUUGCCUCAUGGCCACUGCCCAGGGGCAGUUCUGGGCAUCAUACAGCUGGUUCCCAGGCUGGGCCUGGGCCAAGCUCCUCCUCCUGGUCCUGCCCCAAGCCCCCUGGGGUGGCCUAGCACUAGCACUGGGGCUCAGGCUGCGCUGCCCCAUUGGGGCAGGGGGGUUGGGCACAUUCCCCUCCAUGAAUGGAAGUGGGUGGGGGGAGCCAGGCUCUGGGGCAGGCCUGGGCUGCAGGACCUGGGGCCAUGUGUGCUGGAGCUGGCCUGGGGCUUCGUGGGCUGUGGUCACUGCUAGCGAGCUGCAGGCAAGAGUCCAUCUUUCUGGUGGCUGCUGCUGCAACCUGACCUGUAAUGUAUCGUUCUCAUGCACUGUAGAAAUGUAUGUAAUGUAUUUAAACCCAUGCACCCGCUGA